GUCUGGGUCACUAUCAACCGCUGUAGUCAACAUUGCCGUCAGAUGGCAGUUGUGGAAGCGGGUCACGGGGUAGACUCGUUACCUACAGAGAAUCUUCCAAACUACCAGUUAGAAAUCAAUAAUACAGAAGAAAAUUAUUCAGACACAUACGGAUCCUCUUGUACUCGUUGUGGUGACCCGUUUCAGCUAAAUGAAAAAGUUGUACAAACGAAAGACAGUAGCUAUCACGUGAAGUGUUUUGUCUGUGUGCAGUGCUUUCAACCAUUUCCUGAUGGUGUGUACUAUGAAUUUGAUGGCCGGAAAUACUGUGAGCACGACUUUCACGUUUUAUUUGCACCUUGUUGUGGAAAGUGUGGUUGUUUUAUAAUUGGUAGGGUUAUAAAAGCGAUGAAUUUCAACUGGCAUCCUGACUGUUUCCGUUGUCAAAUCUGCGAUAAAUGUCUUGCAGAUGAGGGUUUUGUAAAAUUGCAUGGAAGAGCUGUUUGCCACGCAUGUAAUGAGCACGAGAAAGCAUCGGGCUCGUCAUACAUCGUUUGUCACAAGUGCCGAGCCGUUGUGGAAGAGGGACAACAACUGAAAUAUCGCUCCGAAGUAUACCAUGCGUAUCAUUUCUCAUGUGCCUCUUGUGGUUCUGAGCUCUCCUCUGAUGCCAGAGAAAAAGAUGGAGAUCUAUAUUGUCUUCGUUGCCACGACAAGAUGGGAAUUCCUAUAUGCGGUGCAUGCAGGCGUCCUAUUGAAGAACGAGUUGUCCAUGCUUUGGGAAAAACAUGGCACGUAGAACAUUUCGUUUGUGCUAGAUGUGAGAAACCAUUUUUAGGUUCUCGACAUUAUGAAAAGAAAGGAUUGGCUUAUUGUGAAUUACACUAUCAAUUAUUGUUUGGAAUGCUGUGCUACUCUUGUAAUCAAGUUAUACCUGGCGAAACAGUGUAUGCUUUAAACAAAGCAUGGUGUGUAGACCAUUUUGGAUGCAGUGUGUGCGAUAGACGUUUAAGUCCUAAGACAAAGUUCUAUGAAUUCGACUACAAACCAGUAUGCAAAUCGUGUUACGAACUCUUCCCUAUUGAAUUACGUAAACGCAUCGCGAAAAUGCACAAGAUGGAAGACUAAGGUAAACGAAAUUCAAGCCUGUGGUGCGUUAUAUGAAAUUUUUUUCUUCAAAAGUGCCAGCGCAAUCUGACAAUGCUUUUAAUACUAACAUAAUAUCUCUUUAUUUUGCAUCUUUGCUUUUUGACUUGCUUAGAUUUGUAAAUGGAUUUAGUGUUUUUGGCUAAAUUAAUGAACUUUGAAAUAAAAUGAUUAAAAUUA